AUGGUUGGAAAGAAGCGUAUAUCGCCAUCUUUACGAAAAGUCGAGCAAGAUGGUGAGAGUGAAGACGACGUGCUCUUUCUCCAUCGAAAAAUCGCUACAACGGCCACUUUGAAACGGAAGAAUCAGACCAAAAAAGACGUCUUAACACUAGACCGGACGUUACUUGAGGCAGCGCGAAAUUUUGACAUGAAUUCGGAAACAGUUAUGCGACACAUGAAAGUGUCCGUGUAUGCGCUAAAUGAGGUGGUCGAGCGCUGUAUCAUGGAGUUUUUACCAGUCAUACCCAAUCGAUUACACGUCGAAGCGGUGUGCAGACGAUGGCGCCGUUUGAGUCUUGAGGAAAUGCCAGUGACGGAGCUUGAUUUCGAGCAAGUUGCUCUGCGGCCGUUGCUGCGACGGAAUGUGCGUCUAAUGCUUGAACGCGCCAAGCAGCAGUUGACGAAGCUCGUCUUACCCGACAUUACUCUAGUCGACGCACACAUUGAGCUGAUCGUGCAGCAACAAAAUCUUCGCGUCUUUCGAGCACACAGGAUGCAAAAGAGGCAUUUCUUCAAUAUCUUGGAACACUGCGCCAGCUUACAGACUCUGGAGCUGAUGGACUGCCGGGCUUUGAGACUAAGUGGACAACGCGGGUGGCCGCGCGAUGCGGUGGCGUUGCGUGAAGUGUAUCUCAAUGAGUGUCACUUCUUCACCAACCAAGCAGCUAGGUCGCUGAUUAAGAUUUGUGGGAGCUCACUGGAAAAGGUCGUUUUCACUGGAGCGAUGAGUCUGGAUUCACAGGUCUUGAGGGACCUCGCCACUUAUUCAGUGAAGAUGGCCAAGUUGACAAUAAGUAGUGUAAACCUUCGCGAUAUUCAAACGAUGACUGAAGGAGUUGGAGCCUCGCUGCGCUGGUUGGACUUAUCAUCAUGUCGCGACAUGUCUUCGUUUUCAGUAGGGGAUUCUACAAACCUGCUUCAUUUGCAAGUGCUAAUGCUGGACAAGACAAAGAUCAAUGAUGACGGUUUGCGAGCGAUUGCGCGUGUCGCUCCAUCGCUACAGUACCUUUCACUUCAGGACUGUCGGGUGAUUUCUGACGACGGACUCGCUACCAUUUCAGAAGGAUGUACAAAUUUGGAGCUUGUCGAUUUAAAGGGUACGGCUGUGACAGACGCAAGUAUCGAGGCUCUUGAAGCUCAGUGUCCACGGCUUCGCUUGGUGCGUGUUGACUCAUGCCGAUCUGUUUCGAGAGAGAUGAGGCGGAAGUACAAUGAGCGCGCUCUGCGCAUUCUGAAAGGAGACAAGCUAAGCAAGUGUGAGAGGAUCUUUGCCGAGCGAAAAAAAAUCGAGAUGGUUGCCCAGACAAGGAGAGACAGCGAAUCUGACAACGAAUCUGAAAGUGACCGAGAUAGCGAUGAUGACUACGCCAUUUAA